CACAUUUUCUCGGUUGCUCCUUGGGACGCACACGACGCAGCCGGCCCCCCGACGUCCGUGUACAGCCCGACCACCUGCCCCUCCGACGACCAGCGACAAGACAUGGCCCGCGACUACGACCACCUCUUCAAGCUCGUGCUCAUUGGCGACUCGGGCGUCGGCAAGUCGUGCCUCCUCCUGCGUUUCGCCGACGACGCCUUCACAGAGAGCUACAUCACGACGAUUGGCGUCGACUUUCGCUUCCGCACCGUCAAGAUUGACAAGAAGACGGUCAAGUUGCAGAUUUGGGACACGGCCGGUCAAGAGCGCUUCCGCACCAUCACGAGCGCAUACUAUCGGGGCGCAGAUGGCAUCAUCAUGGUCUACGACGUGACGAGCCAAGAGUCGUUUGACCACGUGAACGACUGGCUCAACGAGGUCAACCGGUACGCAAGCGAGGGCACGUGCAAGCUUUUGGUCGGCAACAAGAGCGAUAUCACGAGCCGAAAAGUCGUGUCGUACGAGACGGCCAAGGCGUUUGCCGACAGCCUCGCGAUUCCAUUCUUGGAGACGAGCGCCAAGAACGCCCAGAACGUCGAGGAAGCUUUCUUGACGAUGGCCUCGGAGCUCAUUACGAUCCGCGAGCUCGUCGGGAAUGCGCAAAACCCGCGGGGCACUCAGCUCACGAACGACAGCAAGCCGUCGUCGGGCUCGAGCAACUGUGGCUGCAAUUAGCGUGGUCCAUCACGACGACGACGACGCCUGCAUGUUGCGCCUUAGCUUUCAUUUUGACCUUAUGUAAUGCAGCCGAGUGCAUCUUGGUGAUCAUCA